AUGGAGCCGCAGCUGGCGUGCCGGGAGGCGGCGGGGCCUCCAGCCGGCCUCCAGAGGGCCUCCCGGGACUCCAACCUGCUGACUGACCGGGUCCUGCGCGCUCUGCUUCGGACUGAGGACAAGUACCUGCCGGCUGCCAACUACUUCAAAUGUGUGCAGAGAGAAAUCACCCCCUGCAUGAGAAAAAUCGUCUCGACGUGGAUGUUGGAGGUCUGCGAGGAGCAGAAGUGUGAGAUGGAGGUGUUUCCUCUGGCCGUUAACUACAUGGAUCGAUUCCUGUCUGUGGAACCCACCAAGAAGUCCCAGCUGCAGUUACUAGGAGCUGCCUGCAUGUUCCUGGCAUCUAAACUGAGGGACACCAUCCCACUCACAGCUGGGAAGCUCUGCAUCUACACAGACAACUCCAUCACCGCUGCCAAACUGCUGCAAAUGGAGCUGCUCGUUCUGAACAAGCUGAAGUGGGACCUGGCGUCCGUCACACCUCUGGACUUCAUCGACCACUUCCUGUGUCAGCUGCCAAUCAGGAGAGAGAACAGAGCCGUCCUCAGGAAGCACGCGCAGACCUUCGUGGUGCUCUGCGCUACAGACGUGAAGUUCGUAUCCAGCCCGCCGUCGAUGGUUGCUGCAGGCAGUGUGGUGGCAGCGGUGGACGGCUUACAGACUAGAAUGGCGGGCAAUACGGCGCCGUCUCAGGAACUGACGGAGCGUCUGGCGUGGACCAUAAGGAGCGACCUGGAUUGUCUCAGAGCAUGUCAGGAGCAAAUCGAGGCGCUGCUGGAAACCAGCCUUAGACAGCACGCUGUUACCACGGAAACUAAAGACAGAGGGGAGGGGCAGGACCUGUCGGCCACACCCACAGAUGUCCGGGACAUCAGCGUGUGACGGAGGAGCUGGAACGCGUCUUUGACGUGUAGUUUGUUUUUAGCAGUUUAGAAGGUGAUCCGGUUUAAUGGAUUGGACAGCGGACAGGAAGUCCAGACUGAGUGGACCGGACCGUUAGGCCAUAGGACCGACUAGAAGAGCCGGGCCUCAUUUAAAAAAAAUAAAAUAAACGCCCACCUCGUUCUUCAAAGUUGGACCAGUUAGCGGUUGGGUCUCGGGUUUUGAUGCUUUGGUGAGAAAAUAAACGGACACAAAAUAGUUCCAUAAGAAAUGUUGUUUUUAAACUGGUUCAGUUUCCAUUGAAUGACUUUACCAGCUAGUGAACCAGUUUGAACCAGUUCAUGUUUCCAUAAAUCGAAUCAUUUAUUUUUAAAUUCUUAAGAUAAAAUAAGUUUUGGAUUCCAAGCAAACUGCUCAGAACAAAAGGUUCUGAAACCAGAGUGGAACCAGUUUUGUGUUUGCUAAAAUGAGGCUAAAGGUAACGUUGGCGUGAUCUGAUCUUCACCGUCGGACUCGUUAAUAUGAGCAAGAAUCAUUCUACUGAUUUAAAUUUAUACAAAUUUAAAAUGUUACAUCCCAAAUUGGCCCACUUCUUUUAAUCUCCCAAACAUCAUUUAAAAAUUUCCAAGUGGACUUUUGCCCAAAUGGAAAUCUGAAACUCAAAGCAUAUGAAGUUUAUUUUUCACAGUAUAAGAAAACAUGAGCAACAUCCUGCUGUUUGAGGAAAACCUGAAACUUUUUUCAAAACUUUUGAAUUUUUUUUUCCCCCCGUCUUUAUAAAUUUAUUACAUUUUGGAUCACAGUGUCACAAAACUCGUUGAUGAGUCGGGUGUAAGAGUACGUUGAGUAUCCUGAUAUAACUGUGGAACCUGUUUGUCUUAAUGCAGUUAAAAUUGACUACAUGGAAGCAAUAAUCACCUCUUGAAAAAUAACAAUUACUUAAAGUGCAACUAGGAAUCUGGUACCAGUUUGCAUUCAUGGUUGAGAAGAUUUCUUUAAUCCUAAACCUUUUUUAUUAUUUAAAUUGCUGCAUAGUAAUACGUACCUUGUGACGGGUGUGUCACGGUGCGCGACUGGCGUGUGCGCAGCAUGGGGUAGUUUGUUGCCAGGUAGUUUGUUCGUCAUUGCACGUGGAGGGAGACCGUGGGGUUCGCCUGGUACAGGGUCAUUUUUAAUCAGGUCACACUGCCUGAAAUUCUAAAUGAAUCUUUGUAAAUGUUUUGGGUUUUUAGGUCAAUUAAUUCCAACGUCACUGCCUCACGUAGUUUUAUCUGUUGUGAAUAAAACAAACAUCCUUUAAGCUGUGAAAACGUCAACAUGGAAUGUUUGUAGUUUUAUACAUGUACGUUUUUGUUGUCAUUAUCAGUUUAACACUGAAGAUGUUUGAAAAGGAAAUUAAAUUUUUUGUCUGUUGUUAAAAUAAGUUGCAGUGUCGCAGACUGAAUGGUCCGCUCCUAAAAAUUGGUCCGCCCUGCCUCCACUGUGCAUGCGUCAUUUUGGAGCUCAGCAGCUCGUCUGAGUCUGACUUUCU